CGCUUCUUGGUCACUAACCCCAACCGCAGCUUUCAUGACAGAGCGCGCCGAUACCCUCCAUGCAUCAAGAGCAGACGUCUGGUACCUCAAGGAAAUCGCGUUUGGAAGCGCGGAAACAAAGCGUAGAUUAAAGAUCAUUACGCAGAAUUUUAAUGGGCCGUGUUCGUUCAUUGCUAUUUGCAAUAUUUUGAUCCUGCGAGGAGAGAUCGAAGUCCUGCCGUAUGAGCGCGGGACGGUCUCAUAUGAGUUCCUUGCGCAGCUCCUGGGGGAAUAUCUCCUCAUGAGCUGUCCGGAUAUUGAUGUCUCUGCUGCGCUCUCGAUCAUGCCUAGUACCACCAAGGGCCUCGACCUCAACCCUGUCUUCACAGGGGCUACGUCAUUUCGACCUGCAGGAGAAGGUGGGGAGUUGAUGCUGUUCGAGCAGGCAGGGAUAGAGCUCGUGCAUGGGUGGCUUGUUGACCCUGGGAGUGAGGAGAACAGAGUGUUACAGCAUGUGCGUGAUUAUGAUACUGCUGUGACGCUUAUUGCGGACGCGGAUCAUAUCACGAGGGGACGGUUAUUGAGUGUGGAUGUGUGGGGUGAAGGGGAAGCGGGGGGUAGUAGUCAGGCGGGGAGCGGGCCGAGCGGCUAUGCGGGCCCGAAUAGUCCAAGCGAUAAUUAUUCAGAGAAGGAUAGAGAGAAGAUCGAACAUGCGCUGGUGGCACAGGCGUUCUUGGAGAGUACCAAGUCUCAAUUGACGUACCAUGGGCUGUUCCAGCUUGCGUCUACGUUACAGCCUGGGUCGCUUGUCGCAUUGUUCCGAAACUCACACCUCUCUGUGCUGCAUAAACGAGAGGGGGAGGACUCGUCGCUUUACAGUUUGGUCACGGAUCAUGUGUUCCUGCAAGAGUCGUCGGUGGUGUGGGAGCGACUAGAAGACGUCGAUGGGGUUGGCUCGACGUUUGUGGACUCGGAUUUUGUUCAUUCGACGCCUGCGGGAGGCGACUUUGCUGGACACACGGCGGAAAGCGCAUUGCAUGCUCUAGAGAUGGAAUCAAACCCAGAUGCGGUACUAGCACGACAACUACAAGCGGAAGAAGACGCACGAUCGCAUGAGAUAUAUAUGCGGAGACAGAGGCAACAGGAGAUUCGGCAGAGGGAAGAGGAGGAGCGGAAACGGAAGAACGAGGAUGGGGCUAGUAGGAAAAGUAAGAAAAUGAAAGACAAGUGCGUUAUAAUGUAGGUAUACCUGCAUAUUCAUUGGAAUAUUAUUGGAUAUAAUCUUAAUCUUGUCAUAACGGAUCCGCGCGUGUGAGUGAGACACGAUUGCAACCAGAAUU